AAAUUAAAAAAAAAAAGCAAACGCUGAUAAUCGCCCUAAUAAUAAGAACACAGAGCCAAGGGAAAAAGCACACACUCCCCAACUCUCUCUGUCUGUGUGUGAGGGAGAAAUAGAAAGGGCGUAGGAUUUGGUGGAGAGAGCGUCGGAGAAGCUAGGAAUGUUCCGUUUCUGAGAAUACAAAUAGAAAUGAGUAGUGCUCCUAAAAGAUCCCAUGAAGAGGGUGGUCACUCAUCUUCUUCUUCAAAAUACCCACAUGAAGAAACGGGUGCAUACCCUAAGUUGGCACCUGGGGUUUCAAGCGAGUACCAUCCUUCUUCCUAUGAGCUUGCUCCAGAUGCCCGAAUUACAAAAAUUCCCCGUAAUGAGUCUCGUGAUGGAGAUAGAAGAUCACCUUUACACUCAAUAUAUAGAGUGCCAUCGUCCUCCAAUGAUUUGCAUAUCGAUACUCAUUCUGUUGCUUCUGAAAUCAGGCUAGAAUCAAGGGAAUCAAAAGACAGCAGAGACUACAGGGUUGAGACCCGAGAUUUGAGAACUGAAGCAAGAGACAUGCAUAUUGAGCCAAAGAGGGAUUCCUUAAGUACAAAAAGUGAUAAGGAGUCGAGGUUUGAGAGUAGAACAGAUGAUAAUAAAGACAUAAAAUAUGACAAGGACACCUACAAUGAUCCAAAGAAUGACAUGAAGAUGGAAAAGGAUGGUUUUAGUGUAGCAACUAGUCAGUUGAAUUGGAAGGAAUCAAAAGAAUACCAUAGGGGAAAGAGAUAUUCUGAUUCCCCUGGUGGACAUAUGGACCCUUGGCAUAUAUCCCGUGGUAACCCCCAAGGUCCAGCUGAGAUUGGAAAGGAAGGUCCAACCAUUGAAGAAAAGGAUUAUGCAGAAACACAUGAGGCUGUUGGUGAGAACAGAGUUGAUAUAAAAGCUGAGGAUAGGUUUAAAGAUAAGGACAGGAAAAGGAAAGAUGUAAAACAUCGGGAAUGGGGGGGAGACAGAGACAGAGAAAGAAUUGAUCGGAGGAGCAAUAUUCAAGUUGGUAGUAACAGUGGUGAGGGAAAAGAAUCAGCAAAGGAAGAGAGAGAAACAGAGAGGUGGGAUAGGGAGAGGAAAGAUCUUUCCAAGGACAGAGAAAGGCAGAGGGAGAGAGAAAAAGAUCAUACCAAGAGAGAAUUGUGGAAUGGAGUUGAGAAAGAGGGUUUGCACUGUGAGAAAGAGUUAGGGGAUGGAUCUGUUAGAGUGACAGAACAAGAAAAUUCAGUUUUGGAGCCAAAAAAACAGAAAGAUUUUGAUAGCUGGAAAAAUGUUGACAGAGAAGCUAGAGACAGGAGGAAAGAAAGAGACACUGACAUGGAAGGGGAUAGACCUGAGAAGCGCAGCAGGUUGUAUGACAAAGAAUCGGAUGAUGGAUGUGCAGAUGGUGAAGGAGCUGCAGAAAGGGAAAGGGAAGUUUUUAACUAUGGAGUUCAGCAACGUAAGAGGAUGCUUCGACCUAGGGGAAGCCCUCAAGUGGCGAAUCGCGAGCCCCGUUUUAGGUCUCGUACCCAGGACAAUGAAGGAUCUCAAGGAAAAUCAGAGGUAUCUUCUGUUGUUUAUAAAGUUGGUGAAUGCAUGCAAGACUUGAUAAAGUUGUGGAAGGAGUAUGAGUCAUCUCAGACUGAAAAAAAUGGUGAGAGCACUCAUAACGGUCCCACUCUUGAGAUUAGGAUACCAGCAGAGCAUGUUACUGCUACAAAUCGGCAAGUAAGAGGUGGCCAGCUAUGGGGGACGGAUAUAUACACAGAUGAUUCCGAUCUUGUUGCAGUUCUCAUGCAUACAGGUUACUGCCGCCCCACGGCCUCUCCUCCUCCACCUGCCAUCCAAGAGUUGUGUGCUACCAUCCGAGUGUUGCCUCCUCAAGAUAGAUAUGCAUCAGGUUACACUUCUAUGCUGAGGAAUAAUGUUCGUUCCCGUGCCUGGGGAGCUGGAAUUGGUUGUAGUUACCGCGUUGAGCGCUGUUGCAUUGUCAAGAAAGGAGGUGGAACAAUUGAUCUCGAGCCUUGUCUUACACACACAUCAGCAGUAGAACCCACCCUUGCUCCUGUGGCUGUUGAGCGGACGAUGACUACAAGGGCUGCAGCUUCGAAUGCAUUGCGGCAACAGAGAUUUGUGCGUGAAGUUACAAUACAGUACAAUCUUUGCAAUGAGCCAUGGAUAAAGUACAGCAUUAGUAUUGUAGCUGACAAGGGUCUGAAAAAACCCCUUUAUACUUCUGCACGUUUGAAGAAAGGGGAAGUUCUGUAUUUAGAGACACAUUCAUGCAGGUAUGAGCUUUGUUUUACUGGAGAGAAGAUGACAAAAGCUACAUCAUCGGUUUAUGGACAUGAGGAGACGGAAAAAUCUCAUAGUCACCACUCACACUCCUCAAACGGUGAAAGAAAUGACUCUGAUAACAUUUUAAUUGAUGUAUUUCGGUGGUCUCGGUGUAAGAAACCCCUCCCGCAGAAGGUCAUGCAUUCAGUUGGGAUCCCACUGCCCCUUGAAUACGUUGAGGUGCUGGAGGAAAAUCUCGACUGGGAAGAUGUGCAAUGGUCACAAACUGGCGUUUGGAUUGCUGGAAAGGAAUACACCCUUGCAAGGGUGCAUUUUCUGUCCCCGAAUUAGCUGUAUCCUGUUUCUUAUGUAUGUAACAACUACUUGUACUGAUUUAAUGUAUGGAUAAAAAAAUUGGUUUAAAUAAUUUAAUUGUCAAGUUUAUUGUUCUUUUCAAA